UGCUGCUCACAUGGCGGAGCAAGAGAGCCGCAAGGCAAGUCAGGCUCAGACGGAUUCCUCCACGGCAGUCUUGCGUGAUCCUAAGCCCCUGGUGGCGCUGGCAAUUCCUCCUUGCGAGGAAAAGUACUACAUAAAGCUCCCCUGCUUCGACUUCCUUUGGAGCGGGAAUGAGAGCCAGAGAGUUGCAAGUAUCGUUACAGCGAUCAUGGCGAAUAAUCCUGGAAGGCCGAUUCCCGAUGGCAAGGUUAAAUCAUUUAAGACAGGUGAUGAAGUAGAUGAAUGGCUUUUCAAUAAUCAGAUGCGAGUCCCUGGAGCUUUGCACUUUUUAGAUAAAAAUGCUACCACAAUUAGCUAUGGAUUGCAGACUAAUUCAACUCCUGUUCAAAAGCGAGGGGAAUAUGAAGAUCCAACAUUCAAAUUUCAGAUUCCUCUUCAGAUUGCAGCUGAACGUGAAAUUGCUAGGUCAUUGAUAGGAGAUCCAAACUUUAGCUGGUCAGUUGGAUUUAAGGAAUUUGCUCAUCCUGCCACGGCAACUUUCUCUAUAUUUGCUGCACUGGGACCAGCAUUUUUCCUUGCAAUUGCAGAGUUUAAUUUUGUAUUUCAAAUUGGUCAUUUGGUUGCUGAGAAAGAGCUUAAACUUCGGCAGGCAAUGACUAUGAUGGGUCUUUAUGAUUCUGCAUACUGGUUUUCAUGGCUUGCAUGGGAGGGAAUUAUGACACUUCUAUCAUCUCUUCUUAUUGUUCUCUUUGGAAUGAUGUUCCAGUUUGACUUUUUCUUGAACAAUGAUUUUGCAAUUCUGUUCCUCCUCUUCUUCCUUUUCCAACUUAACAUGAUUACCACUACAAGUGGAUUCCCAUACAGUAAAAACAUCAGUCCUGUUAUUCGAAUCAUCUGGUCAUUUUUCUCACCUAAUCUUCUUGCUCAAGGUAUAAGUAUUCUUGCUGGUGCAACUGAAACUCCCGAAGAUAUAGGAGUUAGCUGGAGUAGACGAACAAAGUGUGCACCAAAUGAUGAUGGGUGUGUGAUAACAAUGAAUGAUAUCUACAUAUGGUUGUCAGCCACCUUUUUCCUCUGGGUUCUUUCGGCGAUCUACUUUGAUAACAUAACCACAAAUGCAUCUGGUGUGAGAAAAUCGAUAUUUUACUUUUUGAAGCCUAGUUAUUGGACAGGGAAAGGUGGAGAGGUAGAAGAUGUCCUUGAAGAGGAAAACAUUGUUAAACAACAAACAAGGGAAGGUGCAGUUGAUCCAAAUGUUGCAGUUCAGAUACGUGGUCUUGCAAAGACAUAUCCCGGGUCCAGGAAGAUUGGUUGCUGCUGUAAAUGCAAGAAGACUUCUCCAUACCAUGCCAUUAAGGGGUUAUGGGUAAACUUUGCCAAGGAUCAGUUAUUCUGUCUUCUUGGUCCAAAUGGUGCGGGAAAAACCACAUCAAUCAAUUGUUUAACUGGCAUAGUUCCAGUGACAGGUGGAGAUGCACUGAUUUAUGGUAAUUCCAUUAGAAGCUCUGUUGGCAUGUCAAACAUUCAAAGACUUAUAGGUGUUUGCCCCCAGUUUGAUAUCCUUUGGGAAGCACUCUCUGGUCAAGAGCACCUCCAGCUCUUUGCUUGUAUUAAAGGCCUUUCCCCAGCUUCUAUCAAAUUGGUUGUACAGAAGUCAUUGGAAGAGGUGAAACUCACUGAGGCUGCCAAAGUGAGGGCUGGUAGUUACAGUGGAGGAAUGAAGCGCCGCCUCAGUGUUGCAGCAGCCCUUAUUGGUGAUCCAAAGUUGGUCAUCUUGGAUGAACCAACUACUGGUAUGGAUCCCAUAACAAGAAGGCAUGUAUGGGACAUAAUAGAGAGUGCAAAGAAAGGUCGUGCUAUUGUCUUAACAACACACUCCAUGGAAGAAGCCGACAUCUUAAGUGAUCGCAUAGGAAUCAUGGCAAAGGGUCAGCUUCGCUGCAUUGGAACCUCAAUAAGGUUGAAGUCACGAUUUGGAACAGGUUUCAUUGCUAAUAUUAGCUUCACUGGAAGCAGCAAUGGAUUCAGUCCUUAUAAUGGCGAUGAAGUAACCACAACUCACCACCAUGAAUCUGUGAAGCAGUUCUUUAAAGAUCAUUUGGACAUAGUACCAAAGGAGGAGAACAAAGCAUUCCUGACCUUUGUCAUCCCUCACGACAGAGAGAAGCUGUUGACGGAAUUUUUCGCUGAGCUGCAAGAUAGAGCAAGAGAAUUUGGUAUAGCUGAUAUUCAACUUGGUCUUGCUACCCUUGAAGAAGUUUUCUUAAAUAUUGCAAGGCAGGCAGAGCUGGAAAGUGCUACAGCUGAGCAAAGAUUGGUCACUUUGUCAUUAACUUCCGGAGACUCACUUCAGAUACCGGUAGGUGCAAGGUUCGUGGCAAUCCCAGGCACAGAGUCCACAGAGAAUCCAAGGGGUGUAAUGGUUGAAGUGUACUGGGAGCAGGACGAUACCGGUUCGCUUUCUAUUUCUGGUCACUCUUCAGAAAUAUCAAUACCCCUUAACGCCGAACAGAUGAACUCUCUUGCUACUACAAACAGGAAUUCCUUUGGCCGGAGAGGACCAAUUCAUGGAAUCGUAAUCAACCCUAAUCCAAUUGGCACUAAUAAUUCUCAAUAAUAAAUAUAAGAAUUUACUUCCU